AUGGAUGAUGUCAUAACCGAGGUGCCACCACCAUCAAGGUUGUUGCCAGAAGACCUCAACAAUUUCACACCGCCGCCAGCUCCCCUCCCGUCUCCCUUCCUCGUGUUUCCGCCCCACAAUUCUGAAAAUACCCUCCUCCGCCCCUCAAUUCUUAUCGUCGCCAUGUCAUCUCCUUCCCUCCACUUCCUCCACCACCUGACCCCGAAAUCGCUCGUCUGCUCCCUCAUCCUCCCUGAGACCCGUCUCGCCGGAAUCUCAGCCGGACCCCAAUCGCUUACGGACAAAUCAUGCAACGUGUAUGCUCUCGGGUCAGUCUUCAUCGUCCUGGUCCAGUACCCUGUGAUCCCAGAGCGGGCUCAUGCGGUAGCUAAGGCUCUGGUCGGUGGGAGAAUCGUGCCCGAGAAGGUCUUGAUUCUCGAUUCCAUUCAGAGCCGUAAUUUUCGGGGCACGCUGUCGAGAGAUGAGGCCGUUGCUUUCAAACUGGAGACGUCACUCGAGAGGGGGAAAAGCUCGUUUUUGGUGAAAGGGCUCGGCUACUACCCUUCGGGAAGCGUGGUGGAUGGGCUUGGGGCCGCUUUGUUGGGCUGGUGCCAGCUGAUGAGGAUUGAGGGGACGCUGUUGAUGUCAUGGCCCGACUUGGGUAGGCCUGUGAUGAACCUGGUGAAGUCUGUGCUGGUGAAGGAUGUGUUGUGUGGGGUUGAGUACAGUGUGGAUGGGGAUUACGAGGACGAGUAUUUGAAGCUGAGCCGCAGGAAGGCUCGUGUGGAUAGUGACUUGUACACGUGA